AUGGAAUUUGUUUUCCGCCUGUUCCUGCUCUGGUUUACCAUCUAUACCCUUGCGAUCUGUCCGGAAGAUCAGAACCUAAAAUCACCGGUUUGUCGCGGCCUCGCGCAGUAUCGGGCUCUCGUCAUCGAACCGUAUAUCCUUCCGCCGAUUCAGCACGCACUUGCUCACCCUGCGGUGGCCCCUUACGUGGAGAAAGCCAAGCCGUAUGCCGACUACGCCGUACGCACAGCGAAGCCUAUCGCGGCUCGGAUCCACAAGGAGUUCGAUGCCCGCGUCGUUCCGCAAUGGAACAAGCGCGUCGUGCCGCUUUACCACAAGUACGCUGUGCCACAGCUACUGAAAUUAGAUGCGCAAACCGCACCAUACCGCACCCGGGUCGAGAAGGAGUAUGAGCAGUAUCUGGCUCCCUACGUGCGGCGCACCGCCUCCACCUUGCACCAGCUGCAGGAACAAACCCGUCCAUACGCUGCCUUUGCCGCCCAGAAGACGUAUCAGGGUUAUCAAGCCGCACGCCCUCAUGCUCGUCCUGUGUGGGAGAAGAUCAAGGCGGUCGUCGCGCAACUUGCGGCUAUCUUAGGCGAGCAACGGCGACAGUUCGUGGACCCCCACGUUCAGAAGAUCUGGGAGCAUGUGAAGGAGAUGAGUGGUCAACCCCAGGCGCCUCCUGUAUCCCAGGCCCGAAGCGCCGCCUCGUCGCAGCUGUCCAAGGCCUCCUCCCAGGUUUCCAAGGCCUCGGCGAAGGCUUCUUCAUCCUUGUCCUCCGUUGCGUCAGCUGCCGUGUCUGGAACCUCCGCUAUUUCGAGCUCGGCCGCUCAGACCGCAUCUAUCUUGCGAUCAGAAGUACUACCUGUCUCGCAGGCCACGGACCGCGUGAAGUCGUCUGUCGCUGUGGUAGGUGGCCAGGCGUCCUCGGUAUUAUCGAGCGCAUCCGAUUUGCUGAAGUCCACCACGCCGGCGAUUUCUGAGACCGCAUCGUCCACGCUGUCUUCCGCCGCAGGAGCCGCAAGUGACGCCGUUGUCCCACCGGUCUCAUCUCUUGCCGCGGAAGCCCAGGCUGCCGUACAUGGCUCCUUGAACAGUGCGGCAUCAGUCGCCCAGGAGAUCCCUUCUGUCGCCUCCUCGGUGGUAGAACAUGCUACUGCAGCAGUUCACGACGGAGCCAGCGAAGCACUGUCAUCCGCAGUGCAUGUGGCGGGUACAGUAGCUCCUUCCGACUCGGAAGACUUGAUUGGUUCUUCUGCCGUGGCUUCUAACACCGCCACGCUCGCCAUAGCGUCCAUCCCAGAUGUUGCCGAUGCUGUUCCCUCGACCGUUAGUCCUGCCGAACCAGAGGUCCAGGUGCAGGAAAACGACGACUCUGACCCCCUGUCCGAUCUGGACCUGGACGCGUUCAAGGCCGAGCUCGGUCUCUCGGAGGAGGAACUGCUUUCGGAUAAGCCUUCCGAGGACACCAGCCCAUCCCAGCCUCAGGUCGAGACCGACGAGGAACAGGAAGCCCGUCUCCAAGCUCGCCGCGAGAAGACUGCACGUGACCGCGCAAAUAUCGAGAGCCGUCACGCCAAGUGGGAGACUAAGAUCAUCGAACAAAUCCAGGUAAACAAGAAGUCUCUCCGCAAGGCUCUUGUGGCGAUCCGUAAAGCUGCCGUGGUCGAGCUGAAGGACAACGAGGAGAUCCGGAAUGAGGUAGACAGCCUUGUUGAGGACGGCGAGAAGUUCCUCCGCGGUGCCGAGAAGUACCUUGCCAACCUCCGGAAGGAGGGUAGGUCGAUUGAAGAGAAGAGAAAACUCUGGGACCGUAUCGUUGGAAAGGUCGAGGAGAAGUUUAACGACCGCCUCCGCCAGACCGAAACCGUCGUCAACGGCUGGUACAGGGGUGUUCUUGACAAAGAGCUUGCGGAGGUGGAGAAGCUUACGGCGGAAAUCAAGGAUCUUGCGGAGCGCGCUCAGGCUGACAUCGGUCUCGAUUACGCGUACCUCGACGACGUCACGUACCAAGACUGGCAACGUUACCAUGAUCUGGCUCGUCGGAGCGAGAACUUCACUGCGCACGCGCACAGCGUCCAGGACGGCAGUCACCAAUCGCCACCUAUCAACCCAGUCGUUCCUGCUAUCCAAGAGCUUCAGGAUGAAGUCCAGGACGUGAUCUCAGGCUUCAACGCUCGUCUUCGUAAGAUUAAGCGCAAUGGCGCUCGCGCAUUCGGCAGCCCUGAAGCCGCUGACGAGGAGGAUGAGGAUGGGACCGCGUCUAUUCUCCCCAUCGAAGACCCACAGCAAACCGAGACGCCCGCGGAAACCGGUGUCCCCCCUGUGGUAAUCGGUCGUGGAAAGGAGGAGGUCGAGGCUGCGUUGAACCGAAUCGUGGAGGCGGACGCCCAGAAGACCUCAUCCCCGGACGAGCGCGAAAAAGUCAAGGAUGCUGACGCCGUCGCGCGAAGUCUCAAGGAGGAUAUUGCGAGCGAGGAGACGUCCGAGGCAGCGCCCCUGCAUCAGGAGUUGUAA